AUGAGCUGCUCGGUGAAGAUUUCGAGUGGGAAGAGCUGGAGUGGUUCGCAGAGAAGGAUCAACUCCCUGGCCGAGGAGUCCAGUACGAUCUCCUCUGCGCCGACCUCAAGUACUCCAGGUACUAACGCCUCUGGUAUUCCUAGUACCACUGGCACGACCUCUGGUGCAGCUACGGGAAGCACGGGAACCACCGGAAGUGCUGGAGUCCUGGGGGUGCCAAGGAUACCGCCCCGCCCUGUCAAGUCGAUUGCCGCGAAGAAGGGCGAAGACGCUAGCAAGCUACUGAAGUAUAUCGAUGACAACGUAAUCGGUAAAAAUGGCAUCUUCUUUGGACCAUUUGGACGUAGAAAGGUGGUCUACUGCGACUACACGGCGUCCGGAAGGUCUUUGCAAUUCCUCGAGGAGUACAUCACAAGGGAAGUUCUCCCUUGUCUGGGGGACACACGAGCCUCCACGUCGAUAUGCAGUCUGCAGUCGUCCCUCUUCAGACACGAGGCCAGAGACAUAGUGAGACACGCUGUUGGGGCUGGUGAACAAGACGCUGUCCUGUUCACUGGACAUGGUACCGCCGGAGCCCUACGUACUCUUUUACGUCACUUAGAUCUAUCGAGACCCACCGUCGUCUUUGUCGGUCCCUUCGAGCAUCAUGUCAAUCUACGACCGUGGCGCGAGCAUGGUGUCAAGGUCGUACGCAUUGCCGAGACCCGCGAGGGUUUUCUCGACCUGAAUGAUCUUGAGAGAAGACUGGCCAAGGAACGUGCCACUGGAGGUUCUCAAUUGGUAGGAUGCUUCAACGCUGCUAGCUGUAUAACCGGCGUACUAGCUGACGACGUCGCCACGACGCUUUUACUUCAUCAGCACGGUGCUCUCAGUAUUUGGGAUUACACGUCAGCUGCGCCGUACGUUCAGAUGGACAUGAACCCUCAUUUACCUGGAGUGGGAGAAACUACCGUGCACAAAGACGCGAUAAUAUUCGCCGGUCACAAGUUCAUCGGUGGCGUCCAGUCACCUGGUGUCCUGGUCAUGAAGAGAUCCCUCGUAAGGGAGGAAAUAAGUCCUGAGGAUAUGAGAGACUCUCAUAGGUAUCUUCGCGAUCCUGAACUCAGAGAGGAGAGCGGCACCGCCGCUGUCGUCGAGACUAUUCGUUGUGGAUUGGCAGUGCAGCUUAAGGAAAACGUAACACCUCAGGCUAUUGUCGCCCGACAAGAUAAAAUAUCAAAACAAGUACUGGCACAUGUGCGCACUAUUCCCGAACUCAUACUACUGGGUAGCACCUCGCAAAAUGUCAAAAGACUGCCUAUAUUCUCAUUUAUGGUCAGACAUCCGCGAGGUACUUUUCUACAUCAUAACUUCGUCUGCGCCGUUCUCAAUGACGUUUUCGGAGUCCAGGCUAGAGGUGGUUGCGCCUGCACUGGUAGAUACGCUCACGACCUUAUGGGAAUCAAUGAGGAGUUGGCAAAGGAAUACGAAUCGAUAUUACUUCAGGACGAAUGCAGCAUGAAUAGAGAUGAUACGAAUACAGAAAUGUUACGGCCAGGAUUUGCCAGACUGGCAUUUCCAUAUUUCAUGUCCGAAGCGGAGGUUGCUUUUGUCCUGGAGGCAUUGAAAAUGGUAGCGACCGAAGGAUGGAAGCUUCUACCGCAAUAUGUCCUCAAUCCUGACACUGGCGAAUGGAGACAUCACACAAACAGCGUUUUCAAGGAUCGCAAGUGGCUCGGUUCUAUAAGAUACACCGACGGCAAGAUGAACACGUCUGAGAGGAGAGUAUCUGGUCCAGGUGUAUUUCCACAGAGCUAUAGCGAUUGUCUUCAGACAGCGAGGAACAUCUUCAAUAGGGCUAGAAAGAUGGCUCAGAGGUAUCCAUUGCAAAUUGAUCACAGUGUUACCUUCACGGAACAGACUGAACAACUUCGCUGGUUCAUCUUGCCGAACGAGGCCCAGGACCUUCUUCUUGGCAAUUCGCAGAACGUUAAACAGGAUGUUCCCUUUAAUCCUGUCACAUACAGAUUGGGCUAUGGACCUUUCGAUGGUUCUAGUAACAGCUUAUUAAUGGCUAAUGGUAUUAGGAGACUGAAUAGCGAUAUUCCCAGAACCGGGAACGUACCGGUCACACCUAAUUCGCCAAGGCAUCACAGUCUGCCUGUUCUUACAAAACCUGUAAACGCCACUAUUCCUGACAUGAAGAAACAGUCGCUAGCGGGCAACUCGAAUAACCCACCGAUGACAGUCACUAGGCCAUUGAGGUCUACAAUCUCGCCUCCAUUAACGAGCCAGUUGUCACUUCCUGAAUACGGUAGCAACAACAAUGUCAAUGGACAGAAAUCACCAGCGACUUGUCCCAGUUCUCCGAUGCCAGUUAGAUUUGCUGUCGGGGAAGCCGUCACUCCAGCAAUUCUAGGUACGCCAGCAGUAACUCAACUAAUAGCCAGUGAACAAAAUAUAUCCGGAAGAACGAGGUGUAAUUCUCUUGGUAGUAGCGGCACCUCUCCGCCUAUUCUCAGUCCUCAAACGAUGGUCAGUCUUGGAAUCAAUUCGACUUCUCGGCAUCGACACUGCAGCUGCAGCAGUCAGACUGAGUUGAAUUCCCUUGAGUUUGAAAGUGGCAGUCCAACGCACUCUCUUGGACACGUUAAUUCCUCGAGCAAUUCUGACAUGAGAGUAGGACGGUCCUCACCUGUAUCGAACUUCUCUCAAAGCUCGGAGGACCUGCAUGCUUACUUGAAGGAAGUCACUAAGGAACUGGCUACGGAGAUAAAGUCAGAAAUUCGUGAGGUCAUCUCGAAAGUCGAUGACGUCUUGUCAGAGACUAACACGUCUGAGAAUACACCACAGCAUCACUCAAGGAGCCACAGUCACAAUCACUCGGAGGACAAACAUGAUUCAUUCUCUGCGAGUGACAUUGCUGAGUACCUUAUGGAAUUUUCCAAGGAGAUGGCCAGCGAGGUCAAGUCUGAAAUACGAUGCAUGGUGAACGCAGUCGAUGGACUUCAUAGAUUUUCUCCGGAUACAUCAGCCUCUGAUAAAUCUUCUAAUGGCUGUGGUUCACCUGAACGUAUAUUACCCAAGACUGGAGCUGUCGGAAAGCUGAGUGAACUCUCUCAAGAGAGUAAAAUGUCCAGUGAGUGUUCAUCGGAUGAGACAGUGAUAUACGUGUUAAAGCCAAGGGAGGCCGAAGGUAAGACAGACGACGAGGAACACAGCGGUACGGAGAUAGAUAUAAAGACUCUUCCAAAAAUUUAUUCCACAAUAAAUUCCGUGAGUUCCCAAGACAGCGGAAUUAAUCUGUCGUUUCACGAAAAUGACAGAUCCGUCGAUUCGGAGUUGAGAAGGAGCAGCAGUGCAGAGUCAAAUUCAAACAGCUGUCGAAGGCUCAGAAUGACCGGGAACAGGGGCGGCAAACAGAAUCGUGUGAAUGAUCUCUCCGAGGACGAAGAGGCUGUGUCCGAAUAUUCAGGUUUGGAAGAUGACGACAGGCCCGUUGCGAGUAUUACACCAGAAGAUGGUUCGUCUCCACAGUGGCAUUGUCCACCGAAGAACAUUUGGAAACCGGCAGUAGAGGCUAUGCAGGAGUUUGACAUGAUCAAAGACAACGAUCGCAUCAUGGUGUGUUUAUCUGGAGGCAAGGACUCGCUAUCUCUUUUGCACACUCUUCAUCAGUAUCGAUUCUAUGUGCGAUCGAAGGGAAUCAAUUUCGAAAUAGGAGCGGCUACCGUGGAUGGAGGUGGAUACGAUCCACUUAGAUCCAUGUCGUACUUGAAGGCUUUGAACGUUCCUUAUUUCUACGAGGAGCAAAGUGCUACGAGUCCCGAAGAAGAGGCCCAUACCACGCGAGCCUGCAGCUUCUGUAGCAGGUCCACGAGGGCGAAAUUGUACUCGGUGGCUAAACGCAAUGGCUACAACGUCCUCGCACUGGGACAGCACUUGGAUGAUCUCACCGAGAGUUUCCUCAUGUCAGUCUUUCACAAUGGUAAACUGAGAACGAUGAAAGCCCACUAUUACAUUAGGGAACAAGAUCUUCGAGUCAUUCGACCGUUUGUCUACGUGCGCGAAAAGGCCCUCAGACAAUUUACAGAAAGCAAGAAGCUUCCGGUUGUUCGAAAUACCUGCACUACCUGCAAAGAUGCUCCUAAGAGACUCGAACGUAACAAAGAAUUGAUAGCUCAACAAGAACAGGUGUAUCCACGUCUCUAUUGGUCUCUGCGCUCUGCCCUGCAACCGUUGAUCAUAGCACGCGGGCAGAAUCUCGAAAUUAAUCAGCAGAAGAGGCACCGUCGUCCCAGGACGAAUUCCUUCACGUCCACCCCACUCACAUCCGCUCAGCAACUCCACGACAGCGAAACCGACGAGGAGCCCGUUCUUUGAGACAUUUCAACCGGGGACCUGAGUCCUCCUGCUUGUUGUCAGCUACGCAUUGCUAAGACGCGUAGCAAAGUCAUGAAAUCUUCGCUGCGGGCAAAGUGGCAAGGAAAGGUCGCAAAAUGCGAGAGGAACCAUUCGCAUGGUGCACGUUGCGGCAAGGUGACUACGUAACUUUCUCAAAGGGAUGAUCUUCGUCAUCCUAUUUCAAUUUUCAAAAAAUAAAUGUUCGCACGGUUCGCGAUUAUUAUACUUGCGACAAUUGAAUCACCUGAAUCAUUGCCGUUACGGGCGAUUCGUAUAUUCAUGUAUUAAUGGAUUCAGUGCGGAUUCUCCUCUCGGCGAUUACCACUCACAUCGAAUUGACAAUAGACGAUUUAAUAUUAACGUUAGAAUCCGGAGGAGAAAUUUAAUGGCAAUGAAUUCAUCUGCAAUUGCUUGAAGUAUGGUAUAAGAUUUUCAACUACGGAGUGGUGAAUGAAUGAUGAUGAUAAACGUCAUAAUUAAUUUAAGAAAUGCUUGCGUUUGUCGUUUGUUAGCUGUUAGACACUGGGCAGGUGCGUUACGCGUGUACCGAGCCUGAAAAAUAAUCUAAUCAUCGUGGAAUAUCGAGAGGUACACUUUGCUUGAUUAUACGACGAGACUAAUUUCGGUCGAAUAAAUAUAUAAUAUAUAUUUGUACGUAGCAACGAUGGAAAGCUAACAAUGUGAUUUCUUUUAUACUGAUUUUGCGAUUGAAUAUGUCUACUGCGCGAUAUGGUCUUUUUAUACUAGUUUCGAACUGGCAUCUAUACACGAAUUUUCUUUUUUUUUUUUUUUUGUAAAUUGCAGUGGUGAUACUACGUUUAUAGAUUGAGGGAGACUUUUGACUGCCUUCGCCUACUUUAAAUUAUAUUGUAUAUACUAUACAUAAACAUAAAUACAUAAAAAUAUAAAUAUUAAUUAUAAUUACAAUUAUAUUAUAGGCACGUUUUGUAUUCCUAAAUUAUUAUUAGCAUUAAGGGCUAAGUAUCUAUGUGAUUCAUUCGAGCUCGAUUUCUCCUGCUGUCAGUUUAUCGCUUUGUCACGAACCUCCGUGUAGACACUUUCAUUAGGCCAUAAAAAAAUCGAUCUUUAGAAUUGAACUAACGAUUUUUCGAUGGAAGUAGACAAUUUGAUCCACGAAUGGAUAAAAACUAAAAAACAGUUGCUUAGGAGGAACGAGAAGAAUCCUCAAGGCGGCGACAAACCGAUAUCCUCGUUUUUUGUAUUGCAUGUAUAUAAUACAACUACUAACAGAGAGAAAUCGUUAACCCUUAUAUAUGCUAAUGCGAAUGCCACUUUACUAUAUUAUGACUAUGGUACGCUCAGCUAGGCUCAGUUAUACUACUUACUAUUUACUACUAGUACUGUACAGACUGUGCCGAUUAUUCGACGUAUACAUGUAUCUCAGUUAUAUAUUAUUCUCAUUGUGUUUCCUUGUUUUCAAAUUCUAGCGUUAUCACGUCUUACUGUAGCGAGUCGUAGAUUGAGAGGUGCGAGGUUCCGGCAUUUUUUAGCGGUCAUGAAAAAUGCCGUAAUCGUUCCAGGACUCGUGAGACGCGAUGAGAAUAAUUUAUUGCAAUUAAUUGCCGAUUAACGAGUCUACUUUUAAUUACUCCUUAGUAUUUAAGAGGAUUUACAUUAAUCGUGUAACUACCAUUGAAUCUGGUCCCUUGGCCCUAAUAAUUGUACUAUGACGAAUGAUUUUAGUGAUUGAUCGGCAUUUGCGAAGGAGGUAAUUCAUUCGUGAACUCAUCAAGGCUCAUAUUCAAUGACGCUGCAAAAUGCCACGCUGGAAACUUUUUAAAAGCAGUCUAGCUACCGUGCUACCUGUAGUCUCUAGCACUUGGAUCGCAUAAUUGAUUAGAAUUUAAUUCCAUUGAGCUCUGGCAACUAGCUUUAUACCUAACGGACGAACGUUGGUCACUGUGACAUGUCUGUCGUUAAUUGUAAAUCAAUUGACAUGACGUCGCAAUGUUUCUGUGACGUCACUUCAAUCGUACGAGCUGAUCUAACAAGAUCACGCGGAUUCCUAUGAUCCAUAUGAGUUUGGGUAAUAUUGUAAAUUCGUCGCGACCACAAUUCAUUGUACUUCGAACCUCGACGUCCACUUCGUACUAUGAAUUUCAGUCUUAUAAUUAUUUUCAUUGUUAUCUCUAUCAAAAUUUCUCUUUGCUCUCUUGAACGAGGUUCAAGGUUCAAUAUUAAAUUUUCGCGACCUCCUCAUUUCUUUCCUUUAGUUUCUCAUCAUUUUUUACAUUUAUUCUAUAAGUAUCAUUGUGAAUUAGACUCUGUGCUCUUACUUCACAACUAAUAGCUAACACUCGAUGGUUUCUACGCCCAUCUAAAUUACAUUAGGCGUACACGUUCUAUAAGAUGACAUUUUAUAAUUUCGAGACGUAAGGACACGCUGCGAUAGGUCUUUUAAUUAAACGGCACGUGUAUUAAAUAUCUACACGCCCAUAGAAUACAUGUUUACGCGUUUGCCCUUUGCGCGAUUACCAUUUUGUAUUCGUUCUGUCCUUACGUGUCGAAAUUAAUAUUAUCAUAACCGGAUAUUAUCUACGAAUUACGGAUAGAUAUUAUAUUUUCUGAGAGUUACGAGAGUAUAUUGUUAUUGUAAAAAAAAAUGUAAGUUUAUUUAUCACUAAUAAAAAUGACUGUACAAAAUUAU